UGAAUGACUGUCAUUCCUAGGAUGUUGAGAUCAACGAUAGCUUACUAUCAAUUUCUUAAGGCUGCUCUAAGAACACGAAGCUUCCAAUUUUGGUCUAACUCUAAGUCUACAAACAAAACAAAUAGCGAAUAGCAAGACAUGAUGCCUUCGUCCUUGUCCAUCUGGUGGACCAGGAAGCUCUACUUGCUUCCAUUCAUCUUGCUGCUACCACUUUACUUCGUCACCGCCAGAGCAGCAUCUUCGAGUAGCUCAGCAUCGGGUGGACCACAAAACAGGUUCCUGAUCAAUCCACCGAAAGAACUACAUCAGCAUCGUCGUGGUAGAGGAAGUAGGCGUUCUACUUCUUCUAUUUUAGAAUUGUCGUCGGUGUCGGAUUCAGAUGGACAUGGAGCAGGAGCAUCUUCUAGAAUUGAUGACGGAAUAAAGCGGAGUCCCACGAUGCCGAGGAAUCUAGGUCUCGGUGACUUCAGGAAGAGGAAGGGGAAGCUCCCACCGAAGAAGAAUAUAAAGGGAAGUGCGAAUGCGAGAGCGAGCAGGACGAGACCUUUCUACGCGUACAGCACGAGCACUGAUCAUGAUCAAAAUACACCACGACAUCAGUGUGAAAUGGCACGAAGACUGAUCAAUCAACACGACUAUCUUCACCAAGCACUGGGACACUUUUUGCAUGUUGAUCAAGAACGCCUGGUUCAGCAGAGACGGAAAGAGUUGGAGGACAAGAACGAUGACAGUGGUCACGCUCUAGUAGAUCACGUAGACCUUUAUUCAACAAAGGAAACGCCCUCAACAACGGGCUCAUCAACAGCAGCAUUUUCCAACGCCAUCCCUCACCACGAUGUUCAUGAAUCUGUCAAGAUUCCCGAGUGUGCCAUCUGUUUAGAGGACAUGUCUGAUCAACACGCG